AUGCCACCACGAGCCUUUACGAACCCAGCGCCAAAGACGGAAUCUGCCCGCUCCGCCCUAAGCGCAUUCACCUGCACCCUCUGCAAUAAAUCCUACUCCCGGCACCCCGAAUACGAAGCCCACAUCUCCUCCUACGACCACCAACACCGCAAACGCCUGCAAGACCUAAAACAGCUCUCGCGGGAUCCGAACGCGGCUGAAAAGGCGCGGCGUGCGGAGAGGAGGGCUGAUGCUGAGGCUGGAUUGAAGGUUUUAGAUGCGCCAGGUGGAAAUACAGCACUCGGGAAGGGGACGAGUGGGAGUUCUAGGACUGGUGGAGGGGCCGGGGGUGGGGGGUUCAAGAAGGGCGGGUUUAAGAGUUCGUUUUCGACGGUGAAGGGGCCUGUUGCGCCGGUGAGGAAGAAUGUUCUUGGGGAUGAUGAUGAUGAAGAAGAUGGAGAGGGUGGUACAGGAGGGGAGGAUCGAGGUGGGAAAGAACCGGUUGCUAGUGCUAGUGCUGGUGGUGGGAGCUCAGGAGGGCGUGGUGAGGAGGUUCGUGAGGAUGCAGAGAGUGAUACUGAUGAAGAGUAUACGCGAGAUCGAGACGGGGGAGGGUAUUAUGAUCCUCGACGGCCGACGGGUUGUUAUGCUGCGUGUGCUGGUCUGACAGAAGUGAAGACUGCUUCGUGA